AUGAAGCUCCUCUCCACCAUCGUCGCCAGUGCCCUGGCCCUCGCCGUAUCUGUCCAGGCCAACGACUGCACCGCUGGCAUGAGCUACUGUGCUGGAGUCCUUGAUGACGUCGACGGAGCCAAAUAUAACCCGAUGAUGUGGGCCCAAAUCAACGCCAAGUACGGCAAGGACUGGAACUAUUAUAUCUAUAGCCCGUCUGACUUCGUGUGGCACUGCGGAGCCGGAGGAACCAUCACCAUGGGCGACAGAUGUGGCUGGGGGUGUGUCAAUGCGGGUGCUGGAAACAGUGAUUACUGCAGAUGGGAGUGA